GGGACCGCCACUAGAAGCCUGUGGUUUCGGGUUGAUCCGAGUCUUUCGGCUGUGUGUGUGUGCCCAGUACUACUGUAUUGUACUGUGAGAAGGCAGGCAGAUAGGGGGCACCUCACCAACAUCUCCCGCUCAACUCCACAUUCAACCCCCCCACGAACUCACUUUCUAACUUCAACGUUUUUUAAAAACCGACCACAGGACUUGAACAACUGAUCUCUUUAUUUAUUCAUUCUAUUUUCGUUUAGUUUAUGGUUUGUGUUUUUACAGUCCGGGAGGGCAGAAAUGGCCGCCAACAUGUACCGGGUCGGAGGUAUGUCACAGGGUUUUUGAUGAAGUCGAAACAUGCUAAUUUUCUCUCAAUACCAGGAAUGUGUGCUAUUUUAUCUCAGAGAUAGCUAUAGUGUAAUUUAUUAUAAUAGACAGGCAAACGUGUGCAGUCAUUUACAGGAUGCAUGGAUUUCCAAAUAUUUGGGAUUCUAAUUGGUCAGGCCUCGCGACUAUCGUAUCGUGGCCAUACCAGUCAGCUAGCCAUUAGCUAGCAUGUUACACCAUAAACAUGACUAUUUUCUACUUUAGCUUUAUGCACUCUUAUUUUCAAGUAAUAUCCAAUUUAAUCUACACAUGCACAGCCAUGCAUUGCAUGAUUUGGCGUGUGCACGUUGGAUUGUCUUUAUGAUUAUUGUUAGGAAGAUGUGCCUUUGUAUUUGGCUCCUUUUUGGCACGCAUCCAUGUAUUACGGCUCCUUAUUGUGCUAGCUAACAGCUAGCUAACUAGCCUCCUGACUAGAAGUGCUUGCUUUGUUGCCAAUGCCAUUAAUUAUCUUAACCCGCUAUAGCCAGCUAAUAAUGCUCUAUUGUUUGACAGUGAGAGGGGAAUGGCCCAUGCAUCUGUUUUUGGUAGUUUUACUGAUACUCAGAUCCUGGUAGUUAGCUAUGCAGUUAGUUUUACCAGGUUAUCCACCUAGUUAGCUGUUUUCUUUUUUAGCUAGCUGUUGGUGGCAUUCGAUUCCGACAUUGUCUCAUGGCGUCGCGUGAAAGUCUUUCACGUUUGCAAGACUAGCCAGUGGGGAAACACUAUUUUCACGACACUUCGAUACAGAAGUCACUAUUUUUGUACCAGGUUAUGAUUCUGAGGUUAAGGUUAGGAACAUGGUUAGGGUUAGCGAAUAUUAUUUCCUGACUUGCUACGAAAAUCCCUUUGUAUUGAAGUGACGUGAAAAUAUUGUGUCCCAGUAGCUACUGUUUUAUGAUAAUUAUCCCAGAGCAUCUGCCCUGGGCAACAAAGGCUGCGGUAAAGGAUAUUAUCUUGUAUGUAUAAUAACGUAAAACACUUCUGGGUGAAUAGAUUAUCUGGCAACAAUGUAACGAUGCUUUUUUUCUACUCGGCUACAGAGUAUCGGAGUGUGUGUCACGUGGAUGUCUGAUCUGUUGUCAUCUUUUUCAGAGUUUAGGGCUGUUUUCUCCACCGGAUGUCACUGCUGUGUGUUUGCAUUGUAUCAAGUUUCAAGUUGUCAUGUCACGUACAGUGAAAUUGCUUUCUUGCAAGCGACAAACCCAACAAUUCAGUAAUCAAUAUCAAUGUAGCACUACAUAUAAGGAGGUAGAACAAAAACAAUUGAGAUGUUGUGUUACUGGCCUACACGCAAUACCCCAUAAUGUCAAAGUAGAAUAAUGUUUUUAGAUUUUUUAAAAAAACAAAUUAAAUGAAAAGCUGAAAUGUCUGGAGUCAAUAAGUAUGCAACCCCUUUGUUAUGGCAAGCCUAAAUAAGUUCAGGAGUAAACAUUUACAUAACAAGUCACAUUAUAAAUUGAAUGGACAUGGUGUGCAAUAAUAGUGUUGAACGUGAUUUUUGAAUGACUAUCUCAUCUCUGUUCACCACACAUACAAUUAUCUGUAAGGUCCCUCAGUCGAGCAGUGCAUUUCAAACACAGAUUCAACCACAAAGACCAGGGAGGUUUUCCAAUGCCUCGCAAAGAAUGACAACUGUUGGUAGAUGGGUAAAAAUGGAAAAAUAAGCAGACAUUGAAUAUCCCUUUUCAGCAUGGUGAAGUUAUUAAAUCAGCGUUGGAUGGUGUAUCAAUACACCCAGUUAUUACAAAGAUACAGGCAUCCUUCCUAACUCAGUUGCCGGAGAGGAAGGAAACCACUUAGUGAUUUCACCAUGAGGCCAAUGGUGACUUUAAAACAGUUACAGAGUUCAAUGGCUGUGAUAGGAGAAAACUGAGGAUGGAUCAAGAAUAUUGUACUUAUUCCACAAUUUUUACCUAAUUGACCAAAUAAAAAUAUUCAAAAACAUGCAUCCUGUUUGAAACAUGGAACUAAAAUAAUACUGCAUGUGGCAAAGCAAUAAACUUUUUGUCCUGAAUACAAAGUGUUAUGUUUGGGGCAAAUUCAAUACAACACAUUACUGAGUAUCCACUCCAUAUUUUGAAGCAUAAGGGUGGCUGCAUCAUGUUAUGAUAUGCUUGUAAUCGUUAAGGACUGGGGAGUUUUUCAGGAUGAAAAAUAAAUCUAAUGGAGUUAGCACAGGCAAAAUCCUAGAAGAAAACCUGGUUCAGUCUGCUUUCCACCAGACACUGGGAGAUGAUUUCACCUUUCAGCAGGACAAUAACCUAAAACCCAAGGCCAAAUAUACACUGGAAUUGCUUACAAAGACAACAUUGAAUGUUCCUGAGUGGCCUAGUUACAGUUUUGACUUAAACCGGCGUGAAAAUCUAUGGCAAGACUUGAAAAUAGCUUAACAAUUAUCGACAACCAAUUUGACAGAGAUUGAAGAAUUAUGCAAAUGUUGUACAAUCCUGGUAUGCAAAGCUCUUAGAGAUUUACCCAGAAAGACUCACAACUGUAAUCGCUGCCAAAGGUGAUUCUAGCAUGUAUUGAGUCAGGGGUGUGAAUACUUGUGUAAAUUAGGUAUUUAAUUUUCAACACAUUAAGCAAAAUAAAUUCUAAACAUGUUUUCACUUUGUCAUUAUGAGGUAUUGUGUGCAGAUGGGUGAGAUUAUUAGGCUGUAACACAACAAAAUGUGGAAUAAGUCAAGGGUUAUGAAUACAUAGGCGGCAGGUAGCUCAGUGGUUAAGAGCGUUGUGCCAGUAACCGAAAGGUCGCUGGUUCUAAUCCCUGAGCCGACUAGGUGAAAAAUCUGUCUGUGCCCUUGAGCAAGGCACUUAACCCUAAUUGCUCCUGUAAGUCGCUCUGGAUAUGAGCGUCUGCUAAAGGACUAAAAAUACUUUCUGAAGGCACUGUAUGUAUAGGGGUAAGGGGACUAGGCAUCAAUAUAUAUGAUAAACAGAGUAGCAGCAGCUUAAAUUGUGAUUGUGUGUGUGUGUAGAGUCAGUAUAAAUGUGUGUGCAUGUUAUGUGGUUGUUGAAGUGUCAGUGUGCAUGAGUGUGUAGAGUCCUGUGAGUGCAAGUCAGUCCGUGUAGCCAUUUUGUUAGCUAUUUAGCAGUCUUAUGGCUUGGGGAUAGAAGCUGCUCAGGAGCCUGUUGGUGUCAGACUUAAUGCACCGGUACCGCUUGCCGUGCGGGCCUUCCUUUCACACUGCCAGUUAUAGAGGUCCUGUAUGGCAGGGAGCUCGGGCCCAGUAGAUGUACUGGGCUGUCCACACCACCCUCUGUAGCGCCAUGCGAUCGAGGGCGAUGCUGUUGCCAAACCCGAGUGGCGCAGUGGUCUAAGGCACUGCAUCUCAGUGCUUGAGGCGUCACUACAGACCCCCUGGUUCGAUUCCAGGCUGUAUCACAACCGGCCGUGAUUGGGAGUCCCAUAGGGCGGCGCACAAUUGGCCCAGCGUCAUCCCGGUUUGGCCGGUGUAGGCCGUCAUUGUAAAUAAGAAUUUGUUCUUCACUGACUUGCCUAGUUAAAUAAAGGUCUUACUGACGUUGAGGGAGAGGUUGUUGUCCCGGCACCACACUGCCAGGUCACUGACCUACACCCUUUAGGCUGUCUCAUCGUUGCCGGUGAUCAGGCCUACCACCGUCGUGUCGUCAGCAAACUUGAUGAUGGUGUUGGAGUCGUGCGUUGCCACGCAGUCGUGGGUGAACAGGGAGUACAGGAGGGGACUUAGCUCACACCCCUGUGGGGCCCCCGUGUUGAACGCUGAGCUGUAGUCAAUGAAUAGCAUUUUCACAUAGGUAUUCCUCUUAUCUAGGUGGGUGAGGGCAGUGUGGAGUUCAAUUGAGAUUGUGUCAUCUAUGGAUCUGUUGGGGCGGUAUGCAAAUUGGAGUGGGUCUAGAGUGUCUAGGAAUUGAUGUUCCAUAACCAGCCUUUCAAAGCACUUCAUGAUUACAGAUGUGAGUGCUACAGGGCGGUAGUCAUUGUUGCAUGAAGCCUUAGAGUUCUUAGGAACAGGAAUGAUAGUAGUCAUUUUAAGACGUGGGGAUUAUAGACUGGGACAAGGAGAGGUUGAAAAUGACUUUGAAUCAAUAUUAUACUAUAUAAUAUUAUUGCUAUGAUAUUAUAGCUACUCUGUUAAUGUGUAAUCUGGCUAUUGGACCAUUUCUGGGCCUGGAACCGGCCUUGUGUGUAUCUCGUAACAUAGCAAGCAUAUUUGAUGAUGGUUGACAUGCAUCUAUAGGUAAGCUAUCAGGUAGGGGUGCCACUCUCAGACCUGAUUGAGGUGUUCAACUGUGAACUGAACCACCAACUCUCAGAAAGAGUUUGUGUGUGACUGUGUGUUCCCUGGCUCCCAUUAUUUGACUACUGCAGCCUCUGCCAAGGGUUUUGGAUCUUUAUGGCACAGCCAGGAUACAGUGGCCUGGCCCACAAACUGCAGAGUCACUGGUUCAAGCCACAUUGGUUGUUCUCCCCUGUUGUUGAAUUAGGUGUUAGAACAGGGCUGGAAUAAAAGCCUGCACAUCCAGUAUCUGGAAUGGUUAUACAGUAUGGCAGGCAGUGUGUUAAUGUGAUGUUAUUGUGUUCUCUUCCAGACUAUGUAUUCUUUGAGAAUUCCUCCAGCAACCCUUACCUGAUCCGCCGGAUAGAAGAACUCAACAAGGUAAUGCCCACCUUGGGGUGUUUGUGUGUAGGUAAUUAAAGUAAUCUGGCCGAUGUGCCUGACAGUGAAUAAGCUGCCUGUCAGUUCUGUGACUUUUCCUCUCCUGCGUUAGUGUGUGUAUGUGAGAUUGUGUGUGUAAUAUGUUGCAUAGCGACAGAUGUUACCUGCCUUCAACUGCCAUUUCCAUGGCAACCGGCAGGUGAGAAUGGGCACACCUCCUCCCUCCCCCAAUACCGCCCUCUCUCCUCUCCAUCCGUACCUCCUUCCCUCUCUCCUCUCCUCCUCCAUGCCCUUCCGUCAGUGUGUUUAAUCUCAGAGGAGACAAAACAUCUGUCUGCCCAGCUAUAUCCACAAUCAGGCAAUGUAUCAAUGCAUCUAUCAGUCAGUGUCGUGGCUAUUGGGCCAGGGAGCAAAGUCUCAUGGGAAAUAAAAAUGUUGGUAUUUGUUAGUUAGUCAUUGUAUUUCCCUGCCCCUCUCUCUAAAUGCAAUUCAAGAUGCUGUUUUUAAAGUGUUGGAACUCCCUCUCCUCCUCGCAUAAACAGCCAGUGGUAAAUUUCAGGAGUAAUAUUUAUUUAUUUGUGAUAAGUUAGUGUGCUAAGAGUUGACUUUAUCUCUCUCUCUCUCUCUCUCUCUUCAGACUGCCAGUGGCAAUGUGGAGGCCAAGGUGGUGUGUUUCUACAGAAGGAGAGACAUCUCACACAGUCUCAUACAGUUGGCUGACAAACACGCACGUAGGUGGCCCUGUGUGUGUGUCCGUCCGUCCGUCCAUGUGUGCUUUUGUGUAUCAGUGUAACAGUAGGGGGUAGCUGAAUGUCUGCAGGGUUUCCUGAUCCAUACAGCAGGGGUCCAGGCUCAGACAGUCAUGUUUAGUGUGUGUGUGUGUGUGUGUGUGUGUGUGUGUGUGUGUGUGUGUGUGCGUGUGUGUGUGAACGUACAGAGGACCUAGAGGAGGAGAAAGAAAGUCCGUCGGAGGCGGACCUGACAGACAAACAAGAACACCAGUUACGCCACAGAGAACUGUUCCUCUCGCGCCAAUAUGAGAGUCUACCAGCCACACACAUCAGGUACACUCACUCACUCAUUUACACACACACGCCAGGGCUGUGACAGUCAUUGAAUUUUGGAGGACGGUAAUUGGUCAGCCAAAUGACUGCGGUCAUCGUAAUAACCGUUUGAUUAGCAAACAAACAAAAUAUACACUACUGUUCAAAAGUUUGGGGUCACUUAGAAAUGUCCUUGUUUUCGAAAGAAAAGCAAUUUGUUUGUCCAUUAAAAUAACAUCAAAUUGAUCAGAAAUACAGUGUAGACAUUGUUAAAGUUGUAAAUAGCAAUUGUAGCUGGAAAUGGCAGAUUUGUAAUGGAAUAUCUACAUAGGCGUACAGAGGCCCAUUAUCAGCAACCAUCAGUCCUGUGUUCCAAUAGCACGUUGUGUUUGCUAAUCCAAGUUUAUCAUUUUAAAGGCUAAGUGAUCAUUAGAAAACCCUUUUGCAAUUAUGUUAGCACAGCUGAAAGCUGUUGUGCUGAUUUAAAGAAGCAAUAAAACUGGCCUUCUUGAGACUAGUUGAGUAUCUGGAGCAUCAGCAAUUGUGGGUUCGAUUACAGGCUCAAAAUGGCCAGAAACAAAUAACCUUCUUCUGAAACUCGUCAGUCUAUUCUUGUUCUGAGAAAUGAAGGCUAUUCCAUGUGAGAAAUUGCCAAGAAACUUAACAUCUCGUACAACGCUGUGUACUACUCCCUUCACAGAACAGCGCAAACUGGCUCUAACCAGAAUAGAAAGAGGAGUGGAAGGCCCUGGUGCACAACUGAGCAAGAGGACAAAUACAAUAGAGUGUCUAGUUUGAGAAACAGACGCCUCACAGGUCCUCAACUGGCAGCUUCAUUAAAUAGUACCCGCAAAACACCAGUCUCAACGGCAACAGUGAAGAGGCGACUCCGGGAUGCUGACCUUCUAGGCAGAGUUGCAAAGAAAAAGCCAUAUCUCAGACUGGCCAAUAAAAAGAAAAGAUUAAGAUGGGCAAAAGAACACAGACACUGAACAGAGGAAGAUUGGAAAAAAGUUUUAUGGACAGACAAAUCGAAGUUUGAGGUGUUCGGAUCACAAAGAAGAACAUUUGUGAGACGCAGACCAAAUGAAAAGAUGCUGGAGGAGUGAUUGAUGCCAUCUGUCAAGCAUGGUGGAGGCAAUGUGAUGGUCUGCGGGUGCUUUGCUGGUGGUAAAGUGGGAGAUUUGUACAGGGUAAAAGGGAUCUUGAAGAAGGAAGGCUAUCACUCCAUUUUGCAACGCCAUGCCAUACCCUGUGGACGGCGCUUGAUUGGAGCCAAUUUCCUCCUACAACAAGUCAAUGACCCAAAGUACAGCUCCAAACUAUGCAAUAACUAUUUAGUGAAGAAGCAGUCAGCUGGUAUUCUGUCUAUAAUGGAGUGGCCAGCACAGUCACUGGAUCUCAACCCUAUAGAGCUGUUGUGGGAGCAGCUUGACUGUAUGGUACGUAAGAAGUGCCCAUCAAGCCAAUCCAACUUGUGGGUGGUGCUUCAGGAAGCAUGGGGUGCAAUCUCUUCAGAUUACCUCAACAAAUUGACAACUAGAAUGCCAAAGGUCUGCAAGGCUGUAAUUGCUGCAAAUUGAGGAUUCUUUGACGAAAGCAAAGUUUGAAGGACACAAUUAUUAUUUCAAUUAAAAAUCAUUAUUUCUGACCUUGUCAAUGACUAAAUUUACUAUGCAUUUGGUAUAUUUCCUAUUCAAACUCAUUUCAUGUAUGUUUUCAUGGAAAACAAGGACAUUUCUAAGUGACCCCAAACUUUUGAACGGUAGUGUAUAUAUCAUUUUUUAAGAUGGAAUCCGCAGUAGGCGGAAACAGUGCCACGGCCGCCCCACCACCAUUGUACUUGUUUUUGUUGCUGAGCUGAGGAGAAGCUCUUCAAUCGCGGGUGCAAUGAUGUCCGAGGGGGAAAAACUGUUUGUUGUUUGCAGUGACUUCUUUGUUGUUGUAAUAUCGCAAACGAAUGUGUCAGUUUCCCCAUUAAGGAUUUCAGCUUUAAAAUACAUUUUCUCCUCUCCUCCGCUCCUGACUGCAUGUGCUGAUGCAGGGAGGGGGGCAUUGCCGAGGCAACCAAAGACUUGUUUGCUACAACACCUUGCUUGUUACAGCAGAAACUGACUCAAUCCAUGAAUGCCCAGCAGUCCCAUUUUCAGUCAGCUGUUUGUUCCACAUCCAUCCAUCCACACACACAAACACACACACACACACACACACACACACACACACACACACACACCACACACACACACACACACACACACACACACACACACACACACACACACACACAAUCCCCCCUGCUGUAACAGGCAGUACCCCUGAAUUCACCCAGCCACUGUUUAACCCAGACAACAGUGCUCCCCCCCCCCCCCUCCCCCCCUCCUCUCCGUCUCUCCUCCUCUCCCUCUUUCAGGGGGAAGUGUAGUAUGGUUUUAGAACACCUACUCAUUCAAGGGUUUUUAUUUAUUUUUACUAUUUUCUACAUUGUAGAAUAAUAGUGAAGACCUCAAAACUAUGAAAUAACACAUAUGGAAUCAUGGAGUAACCAAAAAAGUGUUAAACAAAUCAAAAUAUAUUCUUCAAAUAGCCACCCGUUGCCUUGAUGACAGUGUUGCACACUCUUGGCAUUCUCUCAACCAGCUUCACCUGGAAUGCUUUUCCAACAGUCUUGAAGGAGUUCCCACAUAUGCUGAGCACUUGUUGGCUGCUUUUCCUUCACUCUGCGGUCCGACUCAUCCCAAACCAUCUCAAUUGGGUUGUGGUCGGAGGAUUGUGGAGGCCAGGUCAUCUGAUGCAGCACUCCAUCACUCUCCUUCUUGGUAAAAUACACAGCCUGGAGGUGUGUUGGGUCAUUGUCCUGUUGAAAAACAAAUGAUAGUCCCACUAAGCCCAGUCCAGAUGGGAUGUCGUAUCCUCAUGAGAGCCAGUUUCAUCAUAGUGCUUGAUGGUUUUUGCGACUGCGCUUGAAGAAACGUUCAAAGUUCUUGAAAUGUUCUGUAUUGACUGACCUUCAUGUCUUAAAGUAAUGAUGGACUGUUGUUUCUAUUUGCUUAUUUGAGCUGUUCUUGGACAUUGUCUUUUACCAUAUAGGGCUAUCUUCUGUAUACCCCCCCCCCCCUACCUUGUCACAACACAUCUUUGCUUAUUUGAGCUGUUCUUGCCAUAAUAUGGACUUGGUCUUUUACCAAAUAGGGUUAUCUUCUGUUUACCCCACCUACCUUGUCACAACACAACUGAUUGGCUCAAAUAAAUUCCACAAAUUAACUUUUAAGAAGGCAUACCUGUUAAUUGAAAUGCAUUCCAGGUGACUACCUCAUUUAGCUUUGCUUUAUCUUGGCCAGGUCGCAGUUGUAAAUGAGAACUUGUUCUCAACUGGUUUACCUGGUUAAAUAAAGGUGAAAUUAAAAAUAAAUAAAUAAAACAUCUGGUUGAGAGAAUGCCAAGAGUGUGCAAAGCUGUCAUCAAGGCAAAGGGUAGCUAUUUGAAGAAUCUCAAAUAUAAAAUAUAUUUUGUUUAACACUUUUUUUGUUACAACAUCAUUCCAUAUGUUAUUUCAUAGAUUUGAUGUCUUCACUAUUAUUCUACAAUGUAAAAAAUAAUUUAAAUAAAUAAAAACCCUUUGAAUGAGUAGGUGUGUCCAAACUUUUGACUGGUGGUGUGUGUGUGUGUGUAUAUAUAUACAGUGCUAUGAAAAAGUAUUUGCCCCCUUUCUAAUUUUCUCUACUUUUGCAUAUUUGUGAUACUGAAUGUUAUCAGAUCUUCAACCAAAACCUAAUAUUAGAUAAAGGGAACAUAAGUGAACAAAUAACACAACAAUUACAUAUUCAUUUCAUUUAUUUCAUAAACAAAGUUAUGCAACACCCAAUUCCCCUGUGUGAAAAAGUAAUUGCCCCCUUACACUCAAUAACUGGUUGUGCCACCUUUAGCUGCAAUGACUCUAACCAAAUGCUUCCUGUAGUUGUUGAUCAGUCUCUCACGUCACUGUGGAGGAAUUUUGGCCCACUCUUCCAUGCAGAACUGCUUUAACGUGUGGGUUUUCAAGCAUGAACUGCUCGUUUCAAGUCCUGCCACAACAUCUCAAUUGGGAUUAGGUCUGGACUUUGACUAGGCCAUUCCAAAACUUCCAAUUUGUUGCUUUUUUAGCAAUUUUCAUGUAGACUUGAUUGUGUGUUUUGGAUCAUUGUCUUGCUGCAUGACCCAGCUGUGCUUCAGCUUCAGCUCACAGACAGAUGGUCUGACAUUCUCCUGUAGAAUUCUCUGAUACAGAGCAGAAUUCAUGGUUCCUUCUAUUAAGGCAAGUCGUCCAGGUCCCGAGGCAGCAAAGCAUCACCAAACCAUCACACCACCACCACCACCAUGCUUGACUUUUGGUAUGAUGUUCUUACUGUGGAAUGCAGAGUUUGGUUUUCGCCAGGCAUUACUGGAACCAUGUCGUCCAAAAAGUUAUACUUUUGAAUAAUCUGUCCAUAGAACGUUCUUCCAAGAGUCUUGAUGAUCAUCCAGGUGCUUUUUGGCAAACUUGAGUCAACUUUUUGGACGAGAUGGGUCCCAUUAUGCCUGGCGAAAACCAAACACUGCAUUCCACAGUAAGAACAUCAUACCAAAGGUCAAGCAUGGUGGUGUGAUGGUUUGGCGAUGCUUUGCUGCCUCAGGACCUGGACGACUUGCCUUAAUAGAAGGAACCAUGAAUUCUGCUCUGUAUCAGAGAAUUCUACAGGAGAAUGUCAGACCAUCCGUCUGUGAGCUGAAGCUGAAGCACAGCUGGGUCAUGCAGCAAGACAAUGAUCCAAAACACACAAUCAAGUCUACAUGAAAAUUGCUAAAAAGCAACAAAUUGGAAGUUUUGGAAUGGCCUAGUCAAAGUCCAGACCUAAUCCCAAUUGAGAUGUUGUGGCAGGACUUGAAACGAGCAGUUCAUGCUUGAAAACCCACACGUCACUGAGUUAAAGCAGUUCUGCAUGGAAGAGUGGGCCAAAAUUCCUCCACAGCGACGUGAGAGACUGAUCAACAACUACAGGAAGCAUUUGGUUGGAGUCAUUGCAGCUAAAGGUGGCACAACCAGUUAUUGAGUGUAAGUGGGCAAUUACUUUUUCACACAGGGGAAUUGGGUGUUGCAUAACUUUGUUUAUGAAAUAAAUAUGUAAUUGUUGUGUUAUUUGUUCACUUAUGUUCCCUUUAUCUAAUAUUAGGUUUUGGUUGAAGAUCUGAUAACAUUCAUUAUCACAAAUAUGCAAAAGUAGAGAAAAUUAGAAAGGGGGCAAAGACCUCUUAAUAGCACUGUAUAUAUAUAUAUAUAUCAGUGGAGGCUGUUGAGUGGAGGACGGCUCAUAAUAAUGGCUGGAACUGAUUAUUUUAUUUUCAUGACGAUCUUCAUCCAUAACCGUUGGUGACACAGUUAUACAUUAAUUGUACCAGCCCUAACACACACACACAAUCCCCCCUGCUGUAACAGGCAGUACCCCUGAAUACACACUCACCCAGCCAUUAAACCGUGUGACACAGACAACAGCGCUCACCCCCCCCCCCCCCCCCUCCUCUCCGUCUCUCCUCUCUCUCUCUCUUUCAGGGGGAAGUGUAGUGUGGCAUUGUUGAAUGAGACUGAAGCUGUUCUCUCCUACCUGGACAAAGAGGUAAGAAGGGUUGUGUGUAGGUAUGUCCUGCUAUUAAAAUGCCUCCCAUACCAUUCUCAUGUGUCAGCUUUGUGUGUGUGUAACGUGUGUGUGUGUGUAUUGUAAAAACGUGUGUGUUUUCCGUAGGAUACGUUUUUCUACUCCCUGGUUUACGACCCUACCCAGAAGACACUGUUGGCUGAUAAGGGAGAGAUCAGAGUGGGACCACGCUUUCAGGCCGACGUACCUGACAUGCUACAGGAGGGUAGGCACACACACACACACCACACACACACACCAUACGUUCUUCACACACACACACACACACCCUCUGACUGACUGUAUCUUUGUAGGUUACUCAGAUGAACGUGACCAAUCAAAGCUAGAGGAGAAGCUGUGGGAUCCUGACUGUCCUCUCUCCAGCAAACAGAUAGACCAGUUCCUGGUGGUGGCACGGUACGACCUUUAACCUCUAACCCCUUGACCUCUCAGUUCCUGUUUGCCGUACCGAAGACCCACGUACCCUUGAUCUCUCUAGCCCUGACCUCAAAGCUGUGUGUUUGUAGGGCGGUGGGGACGUUUGCCAGAGCGCUGGACUGUAGCAGCUCGGUCAGACAGCCCAGUCUACAUGCAAGUGCAGCCGCCGCCUCCCGAGACAUCACACUGGUGAGACACACACCAUUUUUUAUUGUCCUGAGUUUGACUGUUCGUCUAAGGAUAUAACCUUCUCUAACUUUUGAUGGAUAAACUCGCUCAAACUUUCUAUCUGCCUGUGUGUGUGUCCGUGUGUGUGUGUGUAGUUCCAUGCGAUGGACACGCUGCAUCGUCAUGGUUACGACCUGUCCAGUGCGUUGAGUGUGUUGGUGCCGUCCGGUGGGCCGGUGUUGUGUCGGGACGAGAUGGAGGAGUGGAGCGCCUCGGAGGCAGCCAUGUUUGAAGAGGCUCUGGAGAAAUACGGAAAGGACUUCAACGACAUAAGACAGGACUUCGUAAGUCACAGUCUCAAAGUGUGUGUGUGUACAUUGUGUGUUUCAAGUUUUUGUCACAUGUACAAGUAAAGUGAAAUGCCAUUCUUGCUCGUUCCCAACGAUGCAGUAACCAAUAUCAGUAUAUAUACCCAAUAUAUUUACCAUAAAAUAUUAAUAUUAACGUAAGAAGCUAUGAAGAGGGUCAGUUCCAAUAAAAUAUUUAUAAUGUGCAGGGAUACUGGAGUGAUAGAGGUCGAUAUGUAAUGGGAUAAGGAUGUAUGAUAAACAGAGUAGCAGCAGCGUAUAUGAUGAUUGUGUGUGUUUAGAGUCAGUAUGAAUGUGUGUGUGUGUUCAAAUUUAAGCAUGUGUGUGUGUUGGACUGUCAAGAGUCAGUGUGUAGAGUGUGAAUAGAGUCAGUGCGUAGAGUGUGCGUAGAGUCAGUGCGUAGAGUCAAAAAUAUAAAUAAAAUAAAGGGUUAACUCAGAUAGUCCGUGUAGCCAUUUUGUUAGCUAUUUAGCAAUCUUAAGGCUUGGGGAGAGUGCUGUUCAGGAGCCUGUUGGUGUCAGACUUGUUGCUCCGGUACCGCUUGCUGUGCGGAAGCAGAGAGAAUAGUCUAUGGCUUGGGUGGCUGUAGUCUUUAACAAUUUUCCGGCCUUUCCUUUCACACCGCCUGGUACAGAGCUCCUAGAUGGCAGGGAGCUCAGCCCCAGUGAUGUACUGGGCUACAGUGCCUUGCAAAUGUAUUCAUCCCUCUUGGCGUUUUUCCUAUUAUGUUGUAAUUUAAAUAGUUUUUUAUUUGGAUUUCAUGGAAUGGACAUACACAAAAUAGUCCAAAUUGGUGAAGUGAAAUGAAAAAAAUAACUUGUUUCAAAUAAUUCUAAAAAAUAAUUAACGGAAAAGUGGUGCGUGCAUAUGUAUUCACCCCCUUUGCUAUGAAGACCCUAAAUAAGAUCUGGUGCAACCAAUUACCUUCAGAAGUCACAUAAUUAGUUCAAUAAAGUCCACCUGUGCGCAAUCUGUGUCACAUGAUCUGUCACAUGAUCUCAGUGUAUAUAUACACCUGUUCUGAAAGGCCCCAGAGACUGCAACACCUCUAAGCAAGGGGCACCACCAAGCAAGCGGCACCAUGAAGACCAAGGAGCUCUCCAAACAGGUCAGGGACAAAGUUGUGGAGAAGUACAGAUCAGGGAUGGGUUAUAAAAAAAUAUCAGAAACUUUGAACAUCCCACGGAGCACAAUUACAUCCAUUAUUCAAAAAUUGAAAGAAUAUGGCACCGCAACAAACCUGCCAAGAGAGGGCCGCCCACGAAAACUAAUGGACCAGGCAAGGAGGGUAUUAAUCAGAGAGGCAACAAAGAGAUCAAAGAUAACCCUGAAGCUGCAAAACCCACAGCGGAGAUUGGAGUAUCUGUCCAUAGGACCACUUUAAGCCGUACACGCCACAAAGCUGGGCUUUACGGAAGAGUGGCCAGAAAAAGCCAUUGCUUAAAGAAAAAAAUAAGCAAACACGUUUGGUGUUCGCCGAAAGGCAUGUGGGAGACUCCCCAAACAUAUGGAAGAAGGUACUCUGGUCAAAUGAGACUAAAAUUGAGCUUUUUGGCCAUCAAGGAAAACGCUAUGUUUGGCGCAAACCCAACACCUCUCAUCACCCCGAGAACACAAUCCCUACAGUGAAGCAUGGUGGUGGCAGCAUCAUGCUGUGCGGAUGUUUUUCCAUCGGCAGGGACUGGUAAACUGGUCAGAAUUGAAGGAAUGAUGGAUGGCGCUAAAUACAGGGAAAUUCUUGAGGGAAACCUGUUUCAGUCUUCCAGAGAUUUGAGACUGGGACGGAGGUUCACCUUCCAGCAGGACAAUGACCCUAAGCAUACUGCUAAAGCAACACUCGAGUGGUUUAAGGGGAAACAUUUAAAUGUCUUGGAAUGGCCUAGUCAAAGCCCAGACCUCAAUCCAGUUGAGAAUCUGUGGUAUGACUUAAAGAUUGCUGUACACCAGCAGAACCCAUCCAACUUGAAUGAGCUGGAGCAGUUUUGCCUUGAAGAAUGGGCAAAAAUCCCAGUGGCUAGAUGUGCCAAGCUUAUAGAGACAUACCCCAAGAGACUUGCAGCUGUAAUUGCUGCGAAAGGUGGCUCUACAAAGUAUUGACUUUGGGGGGGUGAAUAGUUAUGCAGGCUCAAGUUUUCUGUUUUUUUGUCUUCUUUCUUGUCUGUUUCACAAGAAAAAAUAUUUAGCAUCUUCAAAGUGGUAGGUAUGUUGUGUAAAUCAAAAGAUACAACCCCCCCAAAAAAUCAAUUUUAAUUCCAGGUUGUAGGGCAACAAAAUAGGAAAAAUGCCAAGGGGGGUGAAUACUUUCGCAAGCCACUGUAUCUGCUGUAUAACUUUUUGAGGAUUUGAGGGCCCAUGCCAAAUCUUUUCAACCUCUUGAGGGGUAAGAUGCGCUGUAUGUGGACAAUUUUUUAAGUCCUUAGUGCAGGGUUUCCCAAACUCGAUCCUCUGGAACCUAAGGGGUGUUUUGGUCUUUGCCCUAGCACUGCACAUCUGAUUCAAAUAAUCAACCCAUCAAGCUUUGAUCAUUUGAAUCAGCUGUGUAGUGGGGGGGGGGGGGGGAUCGAGUUGGGGUCCCGAGGAUCGAGUUUGGGAAACGCUGCAUUAGUGGUUUGGACACCGAGGAACUUGAAGCUCUCGACCCGCUCCACUACAGCCCUGUUGAUGUGAAUUGGGGCAUGCUCGCCCCUCCGUUUCCUGUGGUCCACGAUCAUCUCCUUUGUCCUGCUGACGUUGAGGGGGAGGUUGUUGUACUGGCACCACACUUUCUUUUCUUUUUUUUUUACCCUUAUAUUACCAGGUAAGUUGACUGAGAACACAUUCUCAUUUUACAGCGAUGACCCGGGGUAUAGUUAAAGGGGAGAGGAGGGAGGACGAAUGAGCCAAUUGGAAGCUGGGGAUGAUUAGGUGGCCAUGAUGGUAUGAGGGCCAGAUUGGGAAUUUAGCCAGGACACGGGUUAACACCCCCACUCUUACCAUAGGUACACACUGUCCUUCCUGUAGGCUGUCUCAUCGUAGCCGGUGAUUACAGAUGUGAGGGCUACAGGGUGGUAGUCAUGGUGGCAAAGCCUUAGAGUUCUUGGGGACAGUAAUGAUGGUGGUCAUCUUAAAACGUGGGGAUUACAAACUGGGACAAGGAGAGGUUGAAAAUGACUGUGAAUAUGCCUGCCAGCUGUACUGCGCAUGCACUGAGAACGCGCCCUGGAAUACCGUCCGGCCCUGUGGACUUAUGAGUGUUGACCUGAUUUUAAAACCUCUGUAGCUCAGCUGGUAGAGCACGGCACUUGUAACGCCAGGGUAGUGGGUUCGAUCCCCGGGACCACCCAUACACAAAAAUGAAUGCACGCAUGACUGUAAGUCGCUUUCGAUAAAAGCAUCUGCUAAAUGGCUUAUUAUUAUUAUUAUUAUUAUUAUCGGCCUCGGAGAGCGAGAUAUAAUAAUAAUAAUAAUAAUAAUAAUAAUAAUAAUAAUAAUAAUAAUAUGCCAUUUAGCAGAUGCUUUUAUCGAAAGCGACUUACAGUCAUGCGUGCAUUCAUUUUUGUGUAUGGGUGGUCCCGGGGAUCGAACCCACUACCCUGGCGUUACAAGCGCCAUGCUCUACCAAUUGAGCUACAGAGGACCACGAGAUCACCCAGUCCCCUGGGUCAGCGGGGGCCCUCGUGCACGGCUCUGUGUUAUUUUUGUCGAGGCAUGCAUAAAAUGCAUUGAGUUCGUCUGGUAGAGAGGCAUCGUUGGGCAGAUCACGGCCGGUUCUUCCUUUGUAAUCCGUAAUGGACUGUAGCCCCUGCCACAAGCGGCGGGCGUCGGAGUCUGUGUAAUAGGAUUCCACCUUGUUCCUAUUUUGUCCUUUUGCUUGUUUGAUGGCUCUGCGGAGGUCGUAUCGUGACUUAUUGGACUUGUUUGUGUCCUCAGCUGUAGCCUCUGGGUUGUCUGCGGUAGCCCUGUGUGCGUUAGCCCUGUGUGCGGUAGCCCUGUGUGCGGUAGCCCUGUGUGCGGUAGCCCUGUCUGCGAUAGCCCUGUGUGCGGUAGCCCUGUGUGCGGUAGCCCUGUGUGCGGUAGCCCUGUCUGCGAUAGCCCUGUGUGCGGUAGCCCUGUGUGCGGUAGCCCUGUGUGCGGUAGCCCUGUGUGCGGUAGCCCUGUGUGCGGUAGCCCUGUCUGCGAUAGCCCUGUGUGCGGUAGCCCUGUGUGCGGUAGCCCUGUGGCCCUGUGUGCGGUAGCCCUGUGUGCGGUAGCCCUGUCUGCGGUAGCCCUGUGUGCGGUAGCCCUGUGUGCGGUAGCCCUGUGUGCGGUAGCCCUGUCCUUUAGCUUUGUGCCAACCUCUGUGUUAAUCCAGGGCUUUUUAUUGGGGAAGCAGCGAACCUUACCUGUGGGGACAACAUUGCCGAUGCUUUUCCUAAUGAAGCAGGUGACAGAGGUGGUUAGCUCGUCGAUGCUAUUGGCGUAGUCCCGGAACAUAUUCCAAUCAGCACUAGCAAAGCAGCCUUGUAGCAUAGCCUCCAAUUUGGAGGACCAUUUCUCGGCAGGUAGCUUAGUGGUUAAGAGCGUUGUGCCAGUAACCGAAAGGUCGCUGGUUCUAAUCCCCGAGCCGAAUAGGUGAAAAAGUAUGUCGAUGUGCCUUUGAGCAAUGCACUUAACCCUAAUUGCUCCUGUAACUCGCUCUGGAUAAGAGCGUCUGCUAAAUGACUAAAAUGUAAAUGUAAGAGUGCAUCACGGGUAACAGUGGUCUUUAACGCCCCUAGUGGCGAAUGAUGGAAGUACAGUAUGUUAGAGGGCUGCGGGUCCUGACAGAGGUUAUUGGGGCUUGGUCUGCAUUUUUCAUGCUGCGGUUGGGAGCGGGCAGUCAGACCGACAUCUUUGGGAUUAAAAUAUUAUUCUUGUCCCACUGAUUAUUUGGAAAUGUUUGUCUUUCUGCUUUGUACAGUGGGGAGAACAAGUAUUUGAUACACUGCCGAUUUUGCAGGUUUUCCUACUUACAAAGCAUGUAGAGGUCUGUAAUUUUUAUCAUAGGUGCACUUCAACUGUGAGAGACGGAAUCUUAAAACAAAAAUCCAGGAAAUCACAUUGUAUGAUUUUUAAGUAAUUAAUUUGCAUUUUAUUGCAUGACAUAAGUAUUUGAUCACCUACCAACCAGUAAGAAUUCCGGCUCUCACAGACCUGUUAGUUUUUCUUUAAGAAGCCCUCCUGUUCUCCACUCAUUACCUGUAUUAACUGCACCUGUUUGAACUCGUUACCUGUAUAAAAGACACCUGUCCACACACUCAAUCAAACAGACUCCAACCUCUCCACAAUGGCCAAGACCAGAGAGCUGUGUAAGGACAUCAGGGAUAAAAUUGUAGACCUGCACAAGGCUGGGAUGGGCUACAGGACAAUAGGCAAGCAGCUUGGUGAGAAGGCAACAACUGUUGGCGCAAUUAUUAGAAAAUGGAAGAAGUUCAAGAUGACGGUCAAUCACCCUCGGUCUGGGGCUCCAUGCAAGAUCUCACCCUGUGGGGCAUCAAUGAUCAUGAGGAAGGUGAGGGAUCAGCCCAGAACUACACGGCAGGACCUGGUCAAUGACCUGAAGAGAGCUGGGACCACAGUCUCAAAGAAUACCAUUAGUAACACACUACGCCGUCAUGGAUUAAAAUCCUGCAGCGCACGGAAGGUCCCCCUGCUCAAGCCAGCGCAUGUCCAGUCCCGUCUGAAGUUUGCCAAUGACCAUCUGGAUGAUCCAGAGGAGGAAUGGGAGAAGGUCAUGUGGUCUGAUGAGACAUAAAUAGAGCUUUUUGGUCUAAACUCCACUCGCCGUGUUUGGAGGAAGAAGAAGGAGUACAACCCCAAGAACACCAUCCCAACCGUGAAGUAUGGAGGUGGAAACAUCAUUCUUUGGGGAUGCUUUUCUGCAAAGGGGACAGGACGACUGCACCGUAUUGAGGGGAGGAUGGAUGGGGCCAUGUAUCGCGAGAUCUUGGCCAACAACCUCCUUCCCUCAGUAAGAGCAUUGAAGAUGGGUCGUGGCUGGGUCUUCCAGCAUGACAACGACCCGAAACACACAGCCAGGGCAACUAAGGAGUGGCUCCGUAAGAAGCAUCUCAAGGUCCUGGAGUGGCCUAGCCAGUCUCCAGACCUGAACCCAAUAGAAAAUCUUUGGAGGGAACUGAAAGUCCGUAUUUCCCAGCGACAGCCCCGAAACCUGAAGGAUCUGGAGAAGGUCUGUAUGCAGGAGUGGGCCAAAAUCCCUGCUGCAGUGUGUGCAAACCUGGUCAAGACCUACAGGAAACAUAUGAUCUCUGUAAUUGCAAACAAAGGUUUCUGUACCAAAUAUUAAGUUCUGCUUUUCUGAUGUAUCAAAUACUUAUGUCAUGCAAUAAAAUGCUAAUUAAUUACUUAAAAAUCAUACAAUGUGAUUUUCUGGAUUUUUGUUUUAGAUUCCGUCUCUCACAAGUGAAGUGUACCUAUGAUAAAAAUUACAGACCUCUACAUGCUUUGUAAGUAGGGAAACCUGCAAAAUCGGCAGUGUAUCAAAUACUUGUUCUCCCCACUGUAUGUGUUAGCCUACCUAUUGUAUUACAAGCACAUAUUUGUCGCAUUAUUCACACACACUCAGAAUUCGCUGUUUCAAGUUUAGUAGCCUACCUCUCCUCUCCUAGUUGGGCGUGCAAGAUCAAGUGCGCCUGGUAUAAGUGUGGUCUCAAUGAAAUAGAGUAGGCUACCUAUGCAUGGGUGUGGAAUCACUGGGCAGUUAUCUUUCCAAGGAAAUUAAAUAAAAUAUGAUUAUACUAUACACUCACCGGACUGUUUAUUAGGUACACCCAUCUAGUACCGGGUUGAACCCCCCUUUGCCUCCAGAACAGCCUGAAUUGUUCGGGGCAUGAAUUCUACAAGUCGGAAACGGGACACAGGGAUGUUGGUCCAUGCUGACACGAUGGCAUCGCGCAGUUGCUGCUGUUGGACGGCGGUACCCCACCGCCACCAGCCUGUACCGUUGACACCUGGCAGGAAGGGUCCAUGGACGAUGCUGCUUACACCAAAUCCUGACUCUGCCAUCAGGGGAUGACGCAACUGGAAACUGGGAUUCGUCAGACCAGGCGAUGUUUUUCCACUCCUCAAUUGUCCAGUGUUGGUGAUGGCGUGCCCACUGGAGGUGCUGCUUGUUUUUAGCUGGUAUGAGUGAAACCCGGUGUGGUCAUCUGCUGCAAUAGCCAAGCCGUGACAAGGAUGGACGAGUUGUGCGUUCUGAGAGGCCUUUCUGCACACCUCUGUUGUACUGCGCCAUUAUUUGUCUGUUUCUGGACCACCUGUUAGCUUGCACCAUUCUUAUCGACAAGCUGUUUUCGCCCACAGGACUGCCGCUGACUGGAUGUUUUUUGUUUGUCGCACCAUUCUCUAGAAACCCUAGACACUGUCGUGCGUGAAAAGCCCAGGAGGGCGGCUGUUUCUGAGAUACUGGAUCCGGCGCGCCUGACACUGACAAUCAUACCACGCUCAAAGUGACUUAGGUCACUCGGUUUGCCCAUUCUAAUGUUCAAUCGAACAUUAACUGAAUGCCUCGAUACCCAUCUGCCUGCUUUACAUAGCAGGCCACGGCCACAUGACUCACUGUCUGUAGGAGCGAUCCAUAAGAAACUGCCUAUAGUUGACCCACUCCUAAAAGGUAGUCUACAAAACAUAGCUCAAGAGAAAGGGCAAGUCUCUCCAACUCUGCUCUCUUCAAACUGCGUCUAGCCUAUUGGCUGAUAUAGCCCAGUAAUAGAGAUAGCAGUGUUGUGUUCGAGACCACCUCAAGACCAAGACCGGAGGGGGACCAUGGCUGGCAAAUGCGCUGAGUCACAUACAUUGUGAAUAACAUUGCGGGACUGCGGUUGGGUUUGGGAGCAGUUCUUGCGGUAGCAGGUGGUAGUCGGACAGGAAGCCAGCGGGUGUGGGAGUGGGUGCGGUAUUAAUUAAUCAGUCCCGCGCAGUCCUCUACAUUACAUGUAUUAAAUGACAAGCAGGAAACCUCCGGGCUGUAUGGUUUCCUGCUUGUUUAUAGCCUCGUACAGUUCAUUAAGUGCCAGCGUGUUGUUUUUCUUGUCCUGAGGUGGAAUGUUUACAACAGUCACGAUAACAGGGUCGAGAGUUCAGCACACUAUUUGUUGUUGAUGAAGAGGCAUAUCCCUCCCCCUCUUAACUUCCCUGAAUCCAAUGUCCUGUCUGCUCAGUGAAUGGAAAAUACUUCGAGUUGGGUAGCCACGGGGGGUAUCUUGUCCGAAAACCAUGUUUCAGAAAAGCAGAGAAUAUUGCAGUUACGAGAGUCCCGUUAGUAGCAAAUCCGUGAUCGGAGGUGAUCCAUCUUAUCAAGAGUCUACAUUGGCCAAUAGAAUGGAGGGAAGAAGUGGCCGGUUUUCACUUUGCCGUAAUCUUGCCAGGGCUCCCCUCUCCUGCCUCUUUUUCGCCGGCAUUUCCUCUUGGAUAGCUGGAAAAAUUGGGUCAGAAUUACACAAAUAGCCCAGGGCAGAUGAGUCGAAAUUAAAGCUGGAAUUUGGUUGGUUAGUAACUGCCGAUCUGAUGUUCAAAAGUUAUUGUCGGUCAUUUUCUGCAAAAAAAUAAGGAUAAACGCUAAAAGAAUCAUUAAAUAGAAAAGUUGUGUUGGAGCUCGCAAGAUGGCAGCCAUACAGUAUGGCACCAUGUUAUAUUUUUGUGUGUGUGUGUUUGCAUCUGAGUUGGGUUCAGAAUAAACCUGGUCGGCCUGCUCAUCAAUAUUCAUGAGGGAUCUGACACGCAGACGUCAAAAACAUGAGCAUUGUUAAAACCAUCUCUCUCCUUUUCCCCCUCUUUAGCUACCAUGGAAGUCUCUGACCAGUAUAAUAGAGUAUUAUUACAUGUGGAAGACAACAGACAGAUACGUACAGCAGGUGAGUCUCCAUAUCUCUACACCACUCCUGCUAGCUAGCUAGCCAGCUAGCCUAGCUGUUAGCGACAUCGCAGCAUCCAGUGCCAAGCUGUCCUCUGGUCUUAUUGGCUAGCAGUCUAACCGUCCUCUCUGUGUUUCUCUCUGAGCAGAAGAGACUGAAGGCAGCAGAAGCAGAAAGUAAACUGAAGCAGGUUUACAUCCCCACAUAGUAAGUGUGUGUGUGUGUGUGUGUGUGUGUGUGUGUGUGUGUGUGUGUGUGUGUGUGUGUGUGUGUGUGUGUUUGAUUGAGUGUCUGUUUGAAGUGUUUGUGUGUGAGUGUUGGUGCACAAUCACGUCCAUAUACAGUGUGUGUCUUCACCCGUUAGAGGAUUCAUAUUGAAGAUUUGUUGUGUAUCUACCUCCCUCUCGUAUUGCAGCAACAAGCCCAACCCUAACCAGAUCUCAGUGACCAAUGGGAAGAUGGCGACGGUGAAUGGGGCAGGGCCUGGAGCCUACCAGGCAGCGGGGGGAGGACGAGCCUGCGAGAGCUGCUACUGUAAGUACAUCCAGCCAUCCUUCUCUCCAUCCCCUCAUCAGAGACUGGUGAACAGUGUUUAAGAGGAUGACUUAUCGAUCGACUGUUAGAUAUUGAUCGUGUGUAUUGAUUAUGCGUUGAUGAGGUGUGUGAGUCCUAACAUGUAUGUGUACAGCGAUGCAGUCAGCCCAGUGGUACUCGUGGGGGCCGCCCAACAUGCAGUGUCGCCUGUGUGUGUCGUGCUGGAUGUACUGGAAGAAGUACGGUGGCCUUAAGAUGCCAAGCAGAGCGGAGGGGCCCGAGGAGAAGACCCCACCCAGCCCUGUGCCCAACGUAAGACCUCACCUUUAACUACCACACAUCUCCCCUUUAACCCUGUACCCCAUGGGCUUAUUCUGCAUAUUCAAUGUUACUGAACAUUCUGAUAUAAAUAUGUAAUGUAGUACAGUUGUUUUUCUCCGUCAUGGAGAACAGGUACUCAUGUCAGCCCUCUCUAGGAGCCUCGGUCGCGCGGCCACGGCCCCCGCCAGUCCAGUCACAUGGUGCCGGUGCGUAACAGCGGCAGCCCCAAGUCCUCCACGAAGACAAAGCAGGCCUUCCUGCUGCAUGCCACCCACCUCACCAAGCUGGCACUCCACAUGUGCCGCGACAUCGUCAGACUGCGACGCGUUGCGCGGCGCCCUUUGUGCCAUUAACUGGGCUGCCUUAGGGCUGAGUGUGAGAGCUCCUUCAUUCCUAACUUCUUCCUCCUCACACACACACACACAUUGACACACACACACACACACACAUACCACAACCACCGCCCCCUCCUUCACCUUGACCCCCCCCCCCCUUCACCCCAUCCCUCACCUCCGCUCCUUCUCCUUCCUUCCUCCUCUGUCUGUUUCUCUCUCUUUUUGUUAUAUUGUAUUAUUAUUAAUUAUUAUUAUUUUGGUUUUGUAUUUCUCCCCUGUUUCCAAUAAGACUCGGUCCUCAUACUUUUGAGUUUCAUCAUCGUUUCUGUUGUUUUGUUUUUAUGUGUCUCUCUCAACUGAACACUAUUAUAGCCGUUUGAAAUCCAUACAACACCCACACUCUUUAUUUUCAUAUCGACAGACACCACACCACACACAUAUCCCAUCCCCCCUUCAAAGAGACGGGGAAACAGUGUUUAAGAGGAUGAUUUUCGUCGACUGUUAGAUUUUGAUCGUGUUUUUUGAUUUGCGUUAUGGGGUGUGUGACCCCAAAACAUGUAUGUGUACAGCAUGCAGUCCCCAGGGUACUGUGGGGGGCCGCCCAACUGCAGGUCCCCUGGUGUGGUGUGGAGUAUGGAAGAAGGGGUUUUUUGGGCCUUAAAAUCCAAAGCAAGCGGGGGGGCCCGAGGAGAAGACCCCACCCACCCCGGGCCCAAGUAAGCCUCACCUUUUAAAACUACCACACUUUCCCCUUUCCCGGGCCCCCAGGGGCUUUUUCUGCAUAUUCAAUUUUCUGAAAUUUGCUAUAAGGGGGAAAAAAAAAAGAUUUAGUCAGCCCCCAAAUUGUGCAAUUCCCCCACUUAAAAAGAUGAGAAGGGCCUGUUUUUCUUUCAUAGGAAAAACCUCAAUAUGACAGACAAAAGGGAAAAAAAAAAAUCCCAAAAAUCCAUUGUGGGUUUUUUAAAAUAAAUUUAUUUGAAAAUUUGGGGGAAAUAAUUUUUGGGUCAAAAACAAAAUUUUUCAAUACUUUUUUUAAAACCCCUUUUUGGAAAUGAAACGGGGUCAACUUUUCUGUAAGUCUUCACAAGGUUUUCACACACUGUUGCUGGUAUUUUGGCCCAUUCCUCCAUGCAGAUCUCCUCUAGAGCAGUGAUGUUUUGGGGCUGUCGCUGGGCAACACGGACUUUCAACUCCCUCCAAAGAUUUUCUAUGGGGUUUGAGAUCUGGAGACUGGCUAGGCCACUCCAGGACCUUGAAAUGCUUCUUACGAAGCCACUCCUUCGUUGCCCGGGCGGUGUGUUUGGGAUCAUUGUCAUGCUGAAGGACCCAGCCACGUUUCAUCUUCAAUGCCCUUGCUGAUGGAAGGAGGUUUUCACUCAAAAUCUCACAAUACAUGGCCCCAUUCAUUCUUUCCUUUACACGGAUCAGUCGUCCUGGUCCCUUUGCAGAAAAACAGCCCCAAAGCAUGAUGUUUCCACCCACAUGCUUCACAGUAGGUAUGGUGUUCUUUGGAUGCAACUCAGCAUUCUUUGUCCUCCAAACACGACGAGUUGAGUUUUUACCAAAAAGUUAUAUUUUGGUUUCAUCUGACCAUAUGACAUUCUCCCAAUCCUCUUCUGGAUCAUCCAAAUGCACUCUAGCAAACUUCAGACGGGCCUGGACAUGUACUGGCUUAAGCAGGGGGACACGUCUGCCACUGCAGGAUUUGAGUCCCUUGCGGCGUAGUGUGUUACUGAUGGUAGGCUUUGUUACUUUGGUCCCAGCUCUCUGCAGGUCAUUCACUAGGUCCCCCCCGUGUGGUUCUGGGAUUUUCUUGUGAUCAUUUUGACCCCACGGGGUGAGAUCUUGCGUGGAGCCCCAGAUCGAGGGAGAUUAUCAGUUGUCUUGUAUGUCUUCCAUUUCCUAAUAAUUGCUCCCACAGUUGAUUUCUUCAAACCAAGCUGCUUACCUAUUGCAGAUUCAGUCUUCCCAGCCUGGUGCAGGUCUACAAUUUUGUUUCUGGUGUCCUUUGACAGCUCUUUGGUCUUGGCCAUAGUGGAGUUUGGACUGUGACUGUUUGAGGUUGUGGACAGGUGUCUUUUAUACUGAUAACAAGUUCAAACAGGUGCCAUUAAUACAGGUAACGAGUGGAGGACAGAGGAGCCUCUUAAAGAAGAAGUUACAGGUCUGUGAGAGCCAGAAAUCUUGCUUGUUUGUAGGUGACCAAAUACUUAUUUUCCACCAUCAUUUGCAAAUAAAUGCAUUAAAAAUCCUACAAUGUGAUUUUUCUGGAUUUUUUUUUCUCAAUUUGUCUGUCAUAGUUGACGUGUACCUAUGAUGAAAAUUACAGGCCUCUCUUAUCUUUUUAAGUGGGAGAACUUGCACAAUUGGUGGCUGACUAAAUACUUUUUUUCCCCACUGUAAAUAUGUAAUGUAGUACAGUUGUUUUUCUCCGUCAUGGAGAACAGGUACUCAUGUCAGCCCUCUCUAGGAGCCUCGGUCGCGCGGCCACGGCCCCCGCCAGUCCAGUCACAUGGUGCCGGUGCGUAACAGCGGCAGCCCCAAGUCCUCCACGAAGACCAAGCAGGCCUUCCUGCUGCAUGCCACCCACCUCACCAAGCUGGCACGUCACAUGUGCCGUGACAUCGUCAGACUGCGACGCGUUGCGCGGCGCCCCUUUGUGCUCAUUAACUGGGCUGCCUUAAGGGCUGAGUGUGAGAGCUCCUUCAAUUCCUAACUUCUGCCUCCUCACACACACACACACACAUUGACACACACACACACACAUACACACAACCACCCCCCCCCCCUUCACCCCAUCCCCUCACCUCGCUCCUUCUCCUUCCUUCCUCCCUCUGUCUGUUUCUCUCUCUGUUUUUGUUAUAUUGUAUUAUUAUUAUAUUAUUAUUAUUUUGGUUUUGUAUUUUCUCCCCUGUUUCCAAUAAAGACUGCCGGUCCUCAUGACUUUUGAGUUUCAUCAUCUGUUCAUCUGUUUGUUUUGUUUUUAUGUGUCUCUCUCAACUGAACAGCUAUUAUAGCUGUUUGAAAUCCAUACAAGCACACACUCUUCUCAAACAUUUCUUAGAACGGGUCAUUUUGUACACAUGCAUGCCACAGACACACACACACAUGCUAUACAUGCCCACCCAUACACAAACACACAACUUCCUAUUCUCCAGGCCGCAGAAUGUGAGCGUAUAUUUGCUAAGGUUAGUUAGAAGUGGAGGAGACAUAUUUUACUAAGAGAAGCUCUAUUUUGCAUAGCGCAGUGCGUGUUACAUUAAUGAGCCUUCAUAUGCUUUUUCUGCAAGGAAUUGUGUGUAUGAGAUAUGAGUGAUUGGUGUGAUUGAUUGAGAGAAGUUUCAUUAGAGCUCAUGUGAUGACAUGGAGGGAGAUAGAGGAGAGGGUGGCAAAAAGGGUGAGUUCAGGCAGUAGUGGCUUCUAUGAAGAUGACGAUGGUGGUAAUCGGCCUUCCAUUCUCAGCUUUUCUUUCUGAGUUUGAAGCUCGUUUUUUUUCUUCCUGUUUCUAUGUUGUCAAGCCAACCCCAACACGUGCUCCCAUUCUGUCCUGUAAGCCACUCUCACAUGCCCAUAUCAGGAUGUUCCUCUGUUCCAGUCAUAUCUUCUAUUUAUCUCUAUUUCUCCUACCUCGAAUUACUCUCUAUUUUUCUUUCUCUUUCUCUCUUCCACUCCCGCUCUUUCUCUCUCUCUCUUCCUCUCUCUCCAUCCCUCUCAUCUCUCCUCUCCGUCUCUUCCUCUCUCCAUCCCUCUCAUCUCUCUUUCUCUCUCUCUCUGUCCCUCUCUCAUCCCAUCCCCUCUCAUCUCUUCUCUCCCUCUCUCUCAUCGCUUCUCUUACCUCUCUCUCAUUCCCGUACUCCUGCCUCUCUCGUCUCUCGCGUCGUCCUUCCUCCCCCCUUCCCUCCACUCUCCUCUCUCUUUCUCUCUCUCCAUCCCUCUCAUCUCUCUCUCUCUCCUUCUCUUCCUCUCUCUCCAUCUCUCUCUCUCUCCGUCUCUUCCUCUCUCCAUCCCUCUCUCUGUGAAUGUGACAGUGGGAACUGUAAUAAAGUCACAGCUGAAACCAUUCUCUGAGUCCUUGUGCUUCAUUUGUCUGUGUACCUGUCAUCACUCCACCACACUCACCAAUUGGUCAGAGGACCAGACAAGGCCUGCCCCUAUUGGAGCAUGGACUCCACCCAUCUCUGCCUGCUUCCAUCACACCCCAGUCACACCCUCACUGUGUGUGUGUGCGUGUGUGCGUGUGCAUGCAUGUUAUGUGUGUGUUAUAAGGGCUGUGCUUUAUAUAUUUAGUGUGUGUGAGCUCUGCUGCUACAUCUUCCCAUAACCACCUCAUACAGUAAGUAAUCUAACACAGUGUUUCACUCUCAAACUGCUUUCAACUCAUACUGCAGCUUGUUACAGUUUAAUUAGUAGAUUACACAGCUAUUAGUUGGUAACGGUUAGUUUCGGAGCUUUCAGAUAAAUUCUGUUAUCAACAAUUCAAGAAAACUACACAGCAUGCCGCCAAUGUUAAUACCUUUUCUCUGUUUGAAACAUUCUCAGUAUUCUUGACUGAAUGACAUAGUACAGCUGCUUUUGUCUGGCGCUGUUUGGUGAUUGGUCAGUAGUAGAGCUGCUGUGUGGUGAUUGGUCUAGAUAUGUUGCGGCUGUCGGAGGGGCAAGUCGGGCGACCGCCCAGAAUCCGGACCACCCAGAGGAGUACCCUGACCAGCAUCCUACAGUUCCUGGGUAACACACACACACACACACACACACACACACACACACACACACAACGCCUAAACAAUGGAGACAAUUGUAUGAGUAGUCCACAAGGAAUGACAUUCUCCUAUGACAACAAAACAAGAAAAAUUUAGUAAUAUGGGUGGUCAAAUGUGUGGUGUAAUGUGUUCCAGAGUCCCGGCCCGCGAUACACACCCCCCGUUCUCACCGAACCCUUGGCCUUCAAGCCCCUCCCCCUCGCCGCCUCCUCUCUUCUCUCCCUCACGGUCCCCAUGGCCUUCUGGGUAAACGCAGCUUCCACCACCACACCAGAGCCGAGCCGGAGAAACGCCCAGGUACACACAUACACUUGCACACACACCUACAAUCACACACACUCCAACUAAUCUCUAUCAUGUUGUCUCCUUGUCCUUCUGUAGAAAACCCAGGCCAGACAACGGUACCAGUGGUGAGUAACAGUUUCUCUUUUACUAAACACAGGACUUUAAAUAGGUGGUGUUCCUGCUUGACUACAUUGCAGAUGCAUGAUAGGUCUCAAAUCGGCUGGAUAGGUGUUUAACAUAUCAGCUAAUCACAUCAUAUGAUAUACCAAUCUGCCCGAUUGCUGCUCCAGUCGAUGACGUGGCACACAACCAUUGGCUGAUGAUGCAAUACAACGUCUGCAAUGUAGUCGGGCAGCAACUCUACCAUAGACUUCAAACACAGACAUUUAAGGUUGACUCCACAAUAUUACAUCAUUAAGCAUGGCAGUUGUUUUUUUAUUGGAGGAUUAUGAGGUGCUUGUAUUUGACUGUCUCGUUCUGGAGUAAUUGUUUGUGAUUGGCUCUUCCCAGCAGAACGGCCGUAGCAGUGGAGGCGGGGGGACCAGGGGCAGUGCUAGGGGCGGAGUCAUGAUUAGGAAGAGACGCCCAAACUUGAUUGAUGCCCCCGAUGAUAGCUUCUUCUUUGUCUCCCGGGAGACCAGGUAGGGGUGGCCUUUGAUCGGCAGCUGGCCUGAUGAUGCGUGAGACCGUCUUGUGUGUGAUUGGAGAGUGACGGCUUAUUAUGCCGGGGACUGACAGCUGAUUGGGCUGAAGCAGCUGUGUCCUAACAAGCUUCGACAACCAUGACUCACCAAGCACAGAAAUAGAAUACCAGAGAUCAGGGCGUAGAAAUGUAAUUAAUAAACAGGUCACUGCUGUGGGUUGAGAUCCAUCAAGAGUUGAGUGAGCAAACUGGGCCUAAUUGGUCUUUAGAUAUAGUUUUGCUAUUCAACAACUUGCUAGGGUAAGGGUUAGUGGAUCGUUAGUUGAAGAUAUUUUAUAGGGGACUAACAAGGAGACAACUGUAGGGUUGUAAACAGGGCUGAGACUGAGGCCACUGCCAAGCUGACGAAUGGGACUCCAGAGGUAACCAAAUAUUCUAAUCUCAUACAAAACACAUCACACUCACAUGAUUUAAUGCCUCUUAAUGUGCGCACACCUUGGCCUGUAUUCAAAAAGUGUCUCCGAGUAGAAGUGCUGAUCCACGAUCAGUUACAUAAAAUCCUGUAUUAGCACUCCUACUCUGAGACUCUUUGGGAAUACAGGUCCUGACCCCUGACCUCUUGUGCCCUGUUGCAUCGUGGGUCGGCGUGUGUUUCCCUUCUUGUCAGUGACUGGCUGCUUGUCUCAUUUCAGUGCUGCAGCCGUUACACAACUGCUCACGGUAAGCCCCCCACCCCGCACACACACACAUGCACACUCACACGCACAUACAAGCACACACACACACACACGUGACCUGGGUUACCUGUGGAGUCUGUUUCUCACUUGUGCAGCGUACAGUCCAGUCAACUUGAUAAUGCACUCACACACACACUAACAUACACACACACACACACACACACACACCUACACACACACACACUAACAUACACACACUCAGUGUCCAUGAACCAUUGCCACCCGCAUCACCCCCCUUCUUCACUGGAUGAAGGGUUAUUUUAGACUAACUGAGAUUGAGCAGGUUUCAGCGGAAAUAUCAUUACUGCAUUACUGGAGCAUCCAUUUACAUCAUCCCACUGUGUGUGUGUGUGUGUGUGUGUGUGUUAGGAGACUUCAUCUUCCCAGAAUCACAGGAAUGGAAUAUGCUAAUGAGUCUCAUAUGUUUGGCUGACUGACACUAACGACAGAUGAUGGAGAUGCUCUAUUCUUUAUUAGAACCAAUCAGAGCUCAGGUCAGGCUGGGGGUGUGUGUGAGCAUAGACGCGGGAAGUAGGGGUGCUGAGGACCCCCUGAAAAAUCAGAAUAUCUCCCCCCUUGAAAACACAAUAAAUAAAUACAUCUACAAAUAUUAAAACGCAGCACCCCCACCCCCAACCUACUUCCUACGGCUAUGUGUGUGUGUUUCUAAGCAGAAAGAGAUUAGUCUCCAUUAAUAAUGUUCAGACAUACACGCCUGCACAGGUAGAAGAGUAGGUUGGGAUAGCCGGAAAUGGACUGGUAGGAAAUCCGUCCAGAGCCUUAUGCGUUACAGUGAGGGAAAAAAGUAUUUGAUCCCCUGCUGAUUUUGUACGUUUGCCCACUGACAAAGAAAUUAUCAGUCUAUAAUUUUAAUGGUAGGUUUAUUUGAACAGUGAGAGACAGAAUAACAACAAAAAAAUCCAGAAAAACGCAUGUCAAAAAUGUUAUAAAUUGAUUUGCAUUUUAAUGAGGGAAAUUAGUAUUUGACCCCUCUGCAAAACAUGACUUAGUACUUGGUGGAAAAACCCUUGUUGGCAAUCACAGAGGUCAGACGUUUCUUGUAGUUGGCCACCAGGAUUGCACACAUCUCAGGAGGGAUUUUGUCCCAAUCCUCUUUGCAGAUCUUCUCCAAGUCAUUAAGGUUUUGAGGCUGACGUUUGGCAACUCGAACCUUCAGCUCCCUCCACAGAUUUUCUAUGGGAUUAAGGUCUGGAGACUGGCUAGGCCACUCCAGGACCUUAAUGUGCUUCUUCUUGAGCCACUCCUUUGUUGCCUUGGCUGUGUGUUUUGGGUCAUUGUCAUGCUGGAAUACCCAUCCACGACCCAUUUUCAAUGCCCUGGCUGAGGGAAGGAGGUUCUCACCCAAGAUUUGACGGUACAUGGCCCCGUCCAUUGUCCCUUUGAUGCGGUGAAGUUGUCCUGUCCCCUUAGCAGAAAAACACCACCAAAGCAUAAUGUUUCCACCUCCAUGUUCGACGGUGGGGAUGGUGUUAUUGGGGUCAUAGGCAGCAUUCCUCCACCUCCAAACACGGCCGAGUUUAGUUAAUGCCAAAGAGCUCCAUUUUGGUCUCAUCUGACCACAACACUUUCACCCAGUUCUCCUCUGAAUCAUUCAGAUGUUCAUUGGCAAACUUCAGAUGGGCAUGUAUAUGUGCUUUCUUGAGCAGGGGGACCUUGCGGACGCUGCAGGAUUUCAGUCCUUCACGGCGUAGUGUGUUACCAAUUGUUUUCUUGGUGACUAUGGUCCCAGCUGCCUUGAGAUCAUUGACAAGAUCCUCCCGUGUAGUUCUGGGCUGAUUCCUCACCGUUCUCAUGAUCAUUGCAACUCCACGAGGUGAGUUAAUAAUUGCACCAACUGUUGUCACCUUCUCACCAAGCUGCUUGGCGAUGGUCUUGUAGCCCAUUCCAGCCUUGUGUAGGUCUACAAUCUUGUCCCUGACAUCCUUGGAGAGCUCUUUGGUCUUGGCCAUGGUGGAGAGUUUGGAAUCUGAUUGAUUGAUUGCUUCUGUGGACAGGUGUCUUUUAUACAGGUAACAAGCUGAGAUUAGGAGCACUCCCUUUAAGAGUGUGCUCCUAAUCUCAGCUCGUUACCUGUAUAAAAGACACCUGGGAGCCAGAAAUCUUUCUGAUUGAGAGGGGGUCAAAUACUUAUUUCCCUCAUUAAAAUGCAAAUCAAUUUAUAACAUUUUUGACAUGCGUUUUUCUGGAUUUUUAUGUUGUUAUUCUGUCUCUCACUGUUCAAAUAAACCUACCAUUAAAAUUAUAGACUGAUCAUUUCUUUGUCAGUGGGCAAACGUACAAAAUCAGCAGGGGAUCAAAUACUUUUUUCCCUCACUGUAGUACCCUGGCGUAAACAUCCCCACCUGAUGCAAAAUUGGUAGCUAGCUAGAUGGAGCUCGCGGAUAAUAUUUUCAAUGAGUGUAUUUCUCAAGUGAGUAGUUUGCAUGCGCCACGGCAGCUAACAUUAGUGUUACAAGCUUACAACCACGAAAUUAGCCUAGCUAUCUGCGUACGCAUUGUGUCCGCCUCUAUCAUGUUUCAGAGAGGAUUUUAAGGCCGCCAAUUUUUUUUCGCCCCUUUCGAAAUUACCAAGAAAAUCCCCCAUGUUCCCCAGACCUAGUGCUGUUGCCCUAGGUCUGGGAUUUCCGAGACUAUGAAAUAAUAUAUUAAACAAAAGGUACUAGAGACUGUGUGUGCCACACUCAUACAUUUUCCAUGACUCUGUGACUGGUCCUGCCUCACUAAAUGGAGUGAUCAAUAUUACGGAUUAUAUCACGCAGAGAAACUCUAUUAACAUCAUGACUCUUUAUAAUCAACACUCAGUCAUUCACAGGACAGCCCUGCCCUCAGGACCCAUCUCUCUCUCCAUCUCCCUCUCUCUUUUCUUGAUGCUUUAAAAUACAAUGGCCUAAACAACACAAGAUGCACGUACACACCACAUGAGGCUGCUGAGGGCAGGACGGCUCAUAAUAAUGGCUGGAACGGAGCACAUGGAAUGGCAUCAAACACAUGGAAACCAUGUGAUGUAUUUGAUACAAUUCCACUAAUUCCGCUCCAGCCAUUACCACGAGCCUGUCCUCCCCAAUGAAAGUGCCACCAACCUCCUGUGGUAUACACUCACACACAGUGUCUGUAUUAACCUGCCCUAAUUAAAUCCCAGCCUUGUACUGGAGGUAAUUGAUGUGUUUUUCUGUUCAGAGAAAUUAUAAACAACCCAGAGAGAGAGAGAGAGAGAGAGAGAGAGAGAGGAGAGAGAGAGAGAGAGAGAGAGAGAGAGAGAGAGAGAGAGAGAGAGAGAGAGAGAGAGAGAGAGAGAGAGAGAGAGAGAUGUUGCUGCAAUAGUAAUCGACUCCCUGGAACAACAGCCCUUUCCUAAAUUCUCUCUGUGUCUAUCCCAGUGUUCUAAUGUUCUGUUGAGUUCCCCUCUGAUGUUGUGUCCUGUCUCUCCAGGAGGGCAAGGCGGCUGCUGUCUCGGUCCCAGCUGAGACGCGCCUGUCGGCAGCCCUGUGAGCAGAUCACCCUGCGCAGGGCCUCCCAGGCACCACUGCAGGGGCCGCUCCUCACCCCUCCACACCCCCACCCCAGCCUCCGGAUGAGGGGACCCAUCGUCAUCCACGACUGACCUCUGACCCUACAGUGAGGGAAAAAAGUAUUUG